AUGCACGGGCUAGUAUUUGAAAUCUUUGAAGACUGGGUCAUUGAAUUACACGGCCUCGAUGCUUGGCACUCAAUCAAGAAGAAGGCUGGCUGUGAUGUCAAGGAUAAAUCCUUCGUCACCAGAACAUUUUACAAUUACGACAUCUGGAUCAAGCUCAUCACAGCAACAUCACAAGAAAUUUCAGUCUCCUUUGACGACGUCCUCGAAGCAUACGGCCACUACAAUAUCAGGUAUCACUUCUCACACGGCCACGAUGCCCUUUUACGAUGCCAAGGCUCCACUCUCAGACAAUGGCUAUCCAACCUAAAUGCCAUGCACGAUCACGUACAGAAGAGUUUUCCGGGAGAGAACUUUUGUCCACCAGUCUUUUGGUGCGAAGACUGCGAGGAUGUCGAAGGAUCUAUCUUGCUUCAUUACUUCAGUCAAAGAGGCAACCUACUGGUUCCUUGGGUGGUUGGAAUUGUGGAAGAAUUGGCCUCAUUUCACUUCGAAGUCGAAGUCAAGCUGAACAGAAUCGCCAAGCAAGAUGAACAUGAUUCGAAAUUCACCACUUGGAGAAUAACAGCCGUGGAUGAGACUCAAAUGUGGAAGCUUUCUCCAAGCACCAUGCACAAUGAAGAAGAAGUCAUUGACUUUAGCGCAGUCAAGUUGCCAGGCAAGUGCCCUUUCACUGGCAAGAAGCUACGAAAAGACAUGGACAGCAGUGAGAAUAUGUGCCCACACGCCAAGAGAGAGCUCGAAAAGAUGGAGAUGGAGGCAGCAACUGCUUCGGUGUCCACUGAUACAUCGCUACUUACAGAAUCCGAAGAGGCUGAAUCUGGUCUUUCCAUGAACAAGAUGAAGGAGGUCUUUCCUUUCCACGUCAUGGUCGACAAAGACUUCAAGAUUGCCCAAGUUGGAGAGAAGCUUCCAAAGCUCAUGAAAACAAACAUCAAUGAUCUGCUUGGAGCUCACAUCAAAAGCGUCCUAAAAAUCACAAGGCCAGUUCUUGGUACCUCUUGGGACUGGAGAUCAUUGAAUAAGCUUUCGGACCAAAAUUUCUUCCUCGCACCUGCAACCGAAGAGUCGACUGCAGAUACUCGUGCUUCGAUGCACAUUACUGCCGAUGGGCAGCAGAAGUUCGGAAUGGAAGAAAGUGUUGUAAAGUUCAAGGCUUCCAUUGUGCACUUGGCCGAGGACAAGGUCAUGUUCACGCUCAGUCCCGAAGCCAGAAACGUGGAAGACCUGAACAAUAUGGGUCUAACACUUUCCGAUUUGCCUCUUCAGAGUUGUCAACGAGAUGCCGUCUUCCUCGGUGAAUACAUUACACAAGAAGCUGAUAAGGCUCACGGACUUGAUAAGUUGAGCCGAAAGCUUGGAACAGAACAGGCUCUUUCCAACACCCUGCUCUACAACAUCCUUCCAAGACAAGUCGCAGAUGAUAUGAGAAAGGGAAAGACCAUCGAACCAAAGUUCCAUGAGAAUGUCACUCUUUUCUUUUCCGAUAUCGUUGGAUUCACGGAUCUUUGCGGUCAGGUCGAACCUUGGAACGUCAUCGAUAUGAUGAAUCAAUUGUAUUCUGUCAUGGAUUUCUUGGCUGACCGAUUUGAUCUCUACAAGGUCGAGACUGUUGGUGACUCGUACAUGUGCUGCUCUGGUCUUCCUGAACCCGAUCAAUAUCAUGCCGAGAAUGUUGCCAACUUUGCUUUGGCAGUCUUGGAAUGCGUCAAGCAUGUCAAGUCUCCUGUCACUGGAGAGCCCAUCGACCUUCGAAUUGGAAUCCACACUGGAAGCUGUACUUCUGGUGUGGUGGGAACCUUGACGCCUCACUACUGUCUCUUUGGAGAUAUGGUCAACUUUACCAGUCGCCAUGAGUCGACCGGUGCUGCAGGAAAGAUCCAUGCCUCGAGUCACCUAUUUGGUCGACUCACUCAUUUUGCUCAAUCUGACAACCAAGAAUACAGCUUCAAGGCAAGAGGUCUUGUCGACAUGAAGGGCAAGGGAGAACAUUACACUUAUUGGCUCGAAAGCGGUACUGAACACAACGAAUCCGCGAAUCCUACUGCUCUGGAAGCUCUGUCUGAAGAAGUCGAAGCAAUGAUCUCCUCCAGGAAAUGGAAGAUGCGAAAGUAUUUCAAACAUGGAGGCCUUUUCAGAAGCGAACAAGAAGCGUCAGGAAACCUGUCUUCGUCCAAUGAAGAGAGUUCUGGAUAUCACAGUACCAGCGAUUCGUCCAAUGGCAUGUCUCAGAAAGAAGCCGGUUCUGUCCAUAGUGACGACGGUGACAUCUUGGAUGACAUUGAAGAAGACGAUGUGAUUGAAGACCCCAUCGCUAACUUGGUGCGAAUCGAGGGUUUGGAGCAACUUGCAGAUUUUGGCAAUGGCUGGGAGGACCUUGAAUGGGGCUCGUGCUCCAAGGAUGCCUUGCAAGGAAAGGUCUUUGAUAUUCUAAUGAACGUCUUGCAAGUUUGCGUUGGAAAGGGUGGCGCAAGGCUCAAUAUCAUCACUAGUCAGCUUGAGAAGUAUGUCCAAACCAUCUUGGAUCUUUACAGUGAAGAGAACUCAUUUCACAGCUUUAAGCUUGCUGCUGAGGUUGUCCUUCGCGCAAACUUCAUCUGGGAUGCUUGGGCAACCGAUGUGAGCAAGGAUCCAUGGGACCACUUCAUGCUAUUGUUUGCAGCUUUGAUUCACGGCGUACAACAUGCUGGUGUCGAUAAUGCUCAACUCGAAUUCGAGGACGAUGUCAUCUGUACCAUGUACCGAGGAAAGCAAGCUUACCAACAACGAAGUUCUUUUGAUUGUGCUUUCGAAAGACUUGAAGAAGACUUCGAGGAGCUUUGCGAAGAGAUUGUCUUUGGAUGUCCCAACUUCCGAGCUUCCGUCAAGAAGUUGGUUGUCAGCUUCACCGACUUGGAAUCUGAGAAAAUGCUUCGUGCGAUGGUUGCAAACUUCGAGGAAAUCAUUGCCAAGACUUCCAAAAAUCAGCGUGUCUUGAAGGAGCAACGCGAGGCCAAGGUUGGACUGGUUCUUGCAAUGUCCGCUAUCGGUCACUACGCCCAAUCGUAUGACAAUUUCUUGAAGUGGAACAACCUCAACUUCCAAGAACAUCUCAAGGCUCACCGUGCUGGUCGCUCUGAAGAUCCACGCGACAGUUGGUACUACGAGCAGAACAUGUUCUUCUCGGAUGCUAUCAUGCCUCUUGUGAAUCAGAUUGAGAAGUUCCUGCCCGGGGCAACUUGUCUUGGAGACUGUGUGCUGCGCAACAUUGAGCAAUGGCGAAGAAACGGACGUGACAGACUCGCCGCAAGUCUUGUCCCAACUGCUACUGUUGAAGAUUACCGCGGAGAGAAGCUUUCGUUGGACCGAAUGGGAGCACUCAUUGCUGCCAAUGUUGAUAUGUUGGAAGGUUUGUUGAAGGACAUUGUUGCCUGCCAUGCCGAAAACAGAAUUCGAAGCUGUGGUACCAGCAGCAGGCGCAUGAGCAUGCCAGUGGACGAGAUUCAAAUGUCCAUUGCGAUGAAGAACAAGACUGCUGAAAAGUUCAGACCCACUGCCGAUCUGCCACCACAUGUUCGCUCCGAACUCCGAGACUUUGUCAUUACUAUUGCUUCUGGCUAUGAAUCAAACGACUUCCACAACUUCCAGCAUGCAAGCCAUGUUGCUUAUCUUUCCAACCUUCUCGUGAAUGGCAUCAAUGGUAUCGAUGGCAGCAAUGAUGGAUCAGGAAUUGGAUGCGACCCACUUGCUCGUUUUGCGAUUGUGCUUGCUGCUUUGGUUCAUGAUGUUGGGCACACUGGUGUUCCAAAUGGACAGCUCGCCGUCGAGCACCCAACGCUGGCAGAAAAGUACUCGAACAAGAGUAUUGCAGAGCAGAACUCGAUCGAUGUUGCUUGGAACAUGUUGAAUUCGGAUUGCUUUGAGAAUCUCCAACACUGCAUCUAUGAAGACGCUGGAGAACGUGAACGUCUUCGCCAGCUUCUCGUCAAUUGUGUCAUGGCCACUGAUAUCUUCGACAAGGAUCUACGCUCAAUUCGCCAAACACGAUGGGACAAGGUCUAUUCGGAUAACGAGAAACUUCAUUCUGCCGAAGAAGAAGAGCACUUGAAGGCCACCAUUGUGAUUGAACACAUCAUGCAAGCAUCCGAUGUCGCUCACACCAUGCAAGAUUGGGAGCUCUACCGCCAAUGGAACGAGAGUCUCUUCAUGGAAAUGUACCAAGCUUUCUUGGAUGGUCGAUCAGAGAAGGAUCCAACUGCAUCAUGGUACGGUGGCGAGCUUUGGUUCUUUGACAACUGGGUCGUUCCUCUUGCCACAAACCUCAAGACUUGUGGUGUCUUGGAUAUUGUGAGCGAGCAACUUGCCGAACAAGCCAAGAGUAACCGUCAGCAAUGGGAAGCUGAAGGAAAGGAGAUCUGCGAAGCCAUGUUCGAAAAGGUCAAAGCUAAGGUGAACAACCGCAGCAGUCGCGAUUUAAGAUCGGUUUCCUCAAUGCGCUCUACGGAAUCUGAAAUCAUGCUGACUUCCAAGAUGGUGAACGAAGUCGAGUGCUUGUCCAAGGUUGUCAAACGAUACGAACGCAAGAUGGCAGCUGCUUGUGGAAAUCUCAUUGCUGUCGCUUACAAGGGCGGCCCAGAUGGCAAGGAUCUUCGCAAGAUGUCUUCCGGUGACAUUCACAGUCACUUCAAACAACAAGACUGGUACAAAAUGUACUCUGAUGAUGAGCUCAGUGUCGAUGGAAGCCUACCAAGCGUCAGAAGCACCAAGAAAAAUCAGGGCAAACUAACUUCACAUAUCACUCGUUCACGAAAGGUUGGUGGCCGAGUCAGCUUUCUUAGCAGCGGCAGCAAGGACCUUUUAGAAGAGGACGAUUUCUCAUCCAUCGGUAGCAGUGUCUCUGGCUUGCGCAGCCAACUGAUGAUUGCCGAGAAGCUGAUUGCCUCCAGCAAGGCUGCUUGA